CACUACAGCCCGUUUGGUGGCAGUCAUGCACUAAAUCGCUAGGUUUCCAACCGCCAUUAAUCAACAGAAGAAGAAAAGCGACGCGCCGCUCGCCGAAGUUGCUCUAGAAACAGGAGGGAGACUUGACUUGGAUGUUGUGAAUGGCGCUAGUAGAAACUCUCUCCUGAGUUCCAUACGUUUGAGAAGGAAGUCUUUCAAGCAAGACGUUGACUUUGAAUAAAGCAGCUUUCAAGCACAUUUAAACCGUAGAAGACACUGCUGAGUAGAAAGUCAGCAUGACCCAACAAGGAGCCGCACUGCAAACGUAUAACAACGAACUCGUGAAGUGUAUAGAGGAGCUGUGCUUUAAGAGGGAUGAGCUGAAUAAGCUGAUCCAACAGGAGGAAGCAGAGAAAGCUCGUCUACAGCAUGACAUCCGUGUGCUGACAGAGAAGCUGAGUCGUGUGAACGAAAGCCUAGCCCACCGCCUCAACGCCCGUGCUGAAUUCGACCGCACCAUCGCUGAAACUGAGGCUGCAUACAUGAAGAUUCUAGAAAGUUCUCAGACCCUGUUGAGUGUUCUGAAGAAGGAGACAGGGAACCUCGCCAAAGCCACUGAACCCAGGAGCAGCAAAGAUCAUUGACCUCUAUUGAAUUUUUUUUUUUCAUUUUUUUCCCAUCAAAUUUCCCAUUCCUGUGUUCUUGUCUUGUUUACUCUAUUCUUUUUUUUGCUAUUUAAAUGCCUCUUCCUCACGAGCAUUUAUUCCUUCUGUGUCUUCCCAAUCACUGUAUCUAAACUGUGUAGAUAGCUGUUAUUGACAUAUUUUGAUAUUGAAUUAAAUGUCUACUGU